CAACUUUUUGCGACCGACGACGACGUUGCGAAAUUUCACAAAUUGCAAAGGCGACGGGACCAGGUUUGGAACAAGGGCAAAGCUUGAAGGCGAGCACCCUGGCUGUAAACACCCGACGGUCGGUCAUAAAAUUCGCUCGACACAACGAAAUUGGCACCGUUUCCGUUUUCAGAUCUCGUGAGCUGAGAUUCGUAAAAAAUGUUGAAGGAGAUAAAUUACCAGAUCGACUCGCUUGUAGCGAAAUUGCGAAGAAGGCAGAUUGUAGGUUCCUAUAAUGUGGCGAUAGCAACGUCCCGCUUGCUACGAAAUGUGGUGGCGGCAAGUCGGUGCAAUGAUGUGGAACAGCUAUCGGCCUUGGUAAAAGAAGUAGGGAGUCGGUUAGAAGGUGCCCAGCCCAUAGAGCUUGCUGUGGGCAAUAUGGUCAAGCGAGUACUGCAUUUGAUUAAAGAAGAACAUAACGUCGAAACUGAAGCCAGUGAUGCUGCGGAAACUGCCGAAACCACGUCGGAGUCUGAUGACUUUGGAGAACGCCGACGGAACUUUGUUGCCGACGUUAAACAGAGCAUAGAAGAGAUGAUUGACGAACUCGAGAAUACGUCAACGAAUAUAUCAAAUCAAGCAUGGGAGCAUAUACACUCCAAGGAGAUCAUUCUGACUGUGGGAAGGUCAAAGACGGUCGAGCACUUUCUGAAGGUGGCAGCGCAGGUGCGAGAGUUCCAGGUCAUUGUAGCAGAAACAGCGCCGUCCUAUCAAGGACACGAAAUGGCUCUCGCCUUGUCAUCUGCGGGCAUUGACACGACAGUCAUCACAGAUACAGCAAUCUUCGCAGUCAUGUCGCGCGUCAACAAGGUGAUUUUGGGGGCACACGCAGUUACCGCAAAUGGCGGUGUGGUGGCCGUUUGCGGCAGCCAGCUUGUUGCUGCCGCCGCAAAGGAGUACUCAACCCCGAUUGUAGUAUGCACUGGCCUACAUAAGCUAUCUCCAUCCUAUCCUUAUGACACGGACAUUUUCAACCUGUGCAUCAACCCAGACGCAGUAUACAGCUUUGAAGCGGGCGAUAUCAUUGAUAGCGUCGAUAUAGUGAAUCCCCACUUUGACUAUGUGGGACCAGAAGACGUCUCACUUUUCAUCACGAAUGUUGGAACCCAUCCGCCGUCAUUCGUUCAGCGGCUGAUAUACGACACGUACAUUGUGGAUGAAGAAUAAGUUCUAGCUAGGCAGACAUAGAUCAACAUGUUCGCCAGUACUGCAUUAGCUCGAAUACCUCAUUCCAUCAAACGUGGCCCACAGAAUCCCUGUAAUAUAGCAUGCCAUCGAUUGACAUACGUAGCUAUUUAACACCAAUAAAUAAUCUGCAUACAAACAAUA